AGGAGGAGGAGGAAGGAGGAGGAAGGACACCUGGAGGAGCUCCGAUCUUCUGCAGGAGACGUCGGGAUGAUGGACAUGAAGAAGAACAGCUCCAGAGGUGUGAUCAUGGUCCACACACCGUUACCUGUCAGCCUGCUCAGGUCACAGUUUCAGGACGUUACAGUCGCCUCAGACUGCAGGAAGAUUCUCUCUCAGAUGACCAGAAACAUCAGAAACAUGAGAUCAGCUUCAUCCAGACAGGAGCAGCUCUCGAGCGCCUCCCUCAGGAGACUGCAGGUGAAGAUUGAGUCUGAAAACCAGCAGAUGACAGAAAUAAUUCAGCCGUUAGUCGACACAGAAAACACUUUGAUCAAGGAGCUGCAGAGUUUCCUGGAGCUCCGAGACGUGACGGAGCUCCGGAGGAAGGAGCUGCUGCACAAGAGCUGGACGGAGCGAGUCUGGUUUCCUCUGCAGAGGAAGGUGGAGCAACAUCUGUCCAGCUGUGGGCCGACGGAGGUCAUUCAGGAACUACCUGCAGCACUGCAACGCCAAGGGUUUUGUGUUUCUGGAAACCUACGAUCUGAAGGAGUACGACCCAUUUCCUCUCAGCACCACAAAACCAAACUACUUCAAGUUAUUUUCUCUGCAGCUGAGAACAGCCGCUUUAAAGGAUCCGUUUCCCCGAUGUUUACAUGAAACUCUGCAGGAGAAAACAGCGUGUGGAGCAGG